AUGGCGAUGGCUGUUGACAACCGACAACAGUCGCACAUGAGUGCGAUGGACUAUGAGAACAUGCGCUACCCUCAACCUCAAUUCAACAACCCGUGGGUGUCGGCCGCCGCCCCUUCGUCUCAUCUCUAUCACACAUCGAUCCCGCAGCAUUCGGCGGCUGCGAAUUCUUCGAAUCCCCAACGACCGACCGCGAUAUCGCUGCCGUACAGCGUCCUCCCUGUCCCAGCACCUUCAAUUGGAUCAGGUAUUCCUCUCUCCGACGGCCUCUACGAUUCAUCAAGCUCACUGGGAACCACCCCAGAUCAUCUCCUCAAUAGUCAGAGGGCGUACGGGGGGCAGUAUAGUGCUGCUGCCUCAUCGUCCACCUUUGCUCCAUCAUCCAUCCCCGCAUCGUAUCCCAUGAAUUAUGGCUCGACCUCUGCUGCUCCUUACGGAUUCCAAGACCCUGCAAGGCGAUCGCCCAACCCGUCAGUACCUUCCAUCUCCAUCCUGGACACGGUCGACCCGGACUCCAGUGGCCCCCCCAGGACAUCUGUUGACUUGACCAGGUUGAACGCCCAAGGGCAACGAAACAGCUUCAGUGAAGCGCUGGAUGCCAGCCAAGGCAUGCUCGCCAUGAGCCAGAGUGACAUUACUCCGCGGAACAUCUAUGGUGGGAACGGCCACCGCAAUUCCACGGACUCCUAUGGCUUCCCCUCCACGCACUCAACCCACUCUUCUAUCUCAUCGGCCAGCUACAAUCCGUCUUAUUACAACGGAUCUGUCACCGAAUCAUCCGUCACGGAUUACAGCUCUGCCUCCGAGUCGGUGGACAUGAACCCGAGGACAUUGCCGCGACCGUCGGCCAUGAUCGGCACCAAUGUUCCCCCAGCACCGCAGUCGAUGAUGGGCCAGUUCAGCUCGAAGGUUUCGUCGAGCUCGCAGAAGAAGCACAAGUGCAAGGUCUGCGACAAGCGAUUCACGCGCCCGAGUUCGUUGCAAACCCAUAUGUAUAGCCACACUGGUGAAAAGCCAUUUGCGUGCGACUUUGAAGGAUGUGGCCGUCAUUUCUCCGUCGUUUCCAAUCUACGACGACACAGGAAAGUCCACAAGGGCCAAGAUGACCAAGACCAUCCCUCACCGGACGAGUAA